ACAUGGCUUCCCCAAGUACGCUCAUGUCUUCGCCAUGGAUGUGUCCUUCCAUGGUCACCACCCGAUCCAUACUUGAAAACGGACUCAACGAGAACACUUCCGGGUAUGUGAACCGUACUCGCGUACUUGGUACUUGGACUGAGGCUGAUGACGUUUCACAGGAUCCAGACCCUGAAUUGGCUCAUAGCUGUUGCUAUGACAUCGCCUCUGCAGACGCUUUACAGCGAUGCAUCGUGGGAUUUUCACAACAACUCAAGAUAUCGACGUAAAGUUGAAAUACUGAACUAAAUGCCACCAAAAUGAAGAACGUUUUCAUUCUCUCUGACAAAGCCUGGGCAAGUUCGAGUCUACUGUAUAAGUGGCAGAGAACCCUUGGUAAUUACAUUGCUGUAGCAGGCCAAGACAAUUCAGUGAAAAUAUUUGAUCGACAUGGACUCAAGUGGACUGAACUCAACCUUCCUGGACGCUGUGUGGGUAUGGACUGGGAUAAGGAUGGAGACAUUUUAGCUGUGAUAGCUGCAAAAUCCAGUUUCAUCUACCUCUGGGAUGCUAGUGUGAACAGAACAUCCCAGAUCGACAGCGGCAUGAGAGAUCAGAUGUCAUUCAUCUUGUGGUCAAAGACCGGCCCGUUGUUGGCUGUCGGCACAGUGAAAGGAAACCUGCUGAUCUACAACCAGCAAACUUCACGCAAGAUCCCUGUACUCGGCAAACACACCAAAAAGAUCACCUGUGGCUGCUGGAGUUCUCAAAAUCUCUUGGCUCUAGGAAGUGAUGAUAGCACACUGAGCAUCAGCAAUCAUGAGGGAGACACAGUCAGGCAGACAACACUUCGUGGUGAACCUGCUGAAAUUUACUUUUCAACAAUGAAGACAGAUGAGCGGUCUUCUCAAGGAGAGAGCACUGUGAGUGUGUCUGUGGACAAGAAGAUUUUGAUGCUUUUCAAUAUCAAUGACCCUGAUAAUCGAAUAGAACUGACCUUCCAGCGACACUAUGGAAACAUCGUGUCAUAUCGCUGGUAUGGUGAUGGAUAUAUUCUCAUUGGAUUUUCCCAUGGAUACUUUGUGGUUAUCUCCACUCACAUUAGGGAGAUUGGGGAGGAGCUGUACCAGGCUCGUAACCAUAAAGAUAGUCUUAACAGUGUGGCUAUCUCAACAACGUUAAAUAAGGCUGCAUCCUGUGGGGACAACAGCAUAAAAAUUCACGAGCUGUCUGAGCUCAAAGAUAUCAGCAACGUUGUUCGGUUGGACGAUGAGACUAAAGGUCUGGACCAGCUGAGCUGGACAGACGACGGCCAGCUGUUGGCUGUCUCCACACAGAAAGGGACACUUCAUGUCUUCCUGACCAAGCUUCCCAUCCUGGGUGACAGCUUUGGUACCCGCGUGGCGUACCUCACCUCUCUGCUGGAGGUCACUGUCUCCAACCAGGUGGAAGGGGAGACUCCUGUGGCCAUAGAAGUGGACGUGGAACCUAAUUUCAUUGCAGUUGGCCCGUAUCAUGUCGCUGUGGGGAUGAACAACAGAGCCUGGUUCUAUGCUUUGGUAGAUCAUGAACCUGGUUUUAACAAGCUAAAGGACUUUGAGUAUUUGGGGACAAUAGCCCGCAUGUGCCUUAACUCGGACUACGCAGCAGCGCUCUUUGAGGGAAAAGUGCAGCUGCAUAUGAUCGAAGGCAAAAACCAAGAGGAAAAGAAUCAGAUGAAGUUGUUUCCAGAUGAUGAGAGAAAAGGUCGGAUCCUCUGCCACGCCCUCACUGCUGACUUCCUGUACUACGGCACUGAUUCAGGUAAUGUGGAAUGCGUCUUGCUGGAGAACUGGAAGACAGUUGACAGCUACAGUCACUCUGUUGGUGUGAGGAGAGUUUUCCCUGACCUAAAUGGCACUUGGCUGGUCUUCAUCGAUGAUAAAAACAGCGGCUUCCUUCUCUCCCCUGUAAAUGCAAAGGGCUCCUGCUUUGAGCUGCCCAACUUCUCUCCCACCAUCACAGGAGUGCUGUGGGACAACUGGCAUGCUGACAGAGGAGUGUUUGUAGCUUAUGACAGUGACAAGGUCUACACCUAUGCCCUGCAUAAAACCACCAUUUAUGGCCCUCGAGUGGUGUUGGUGGGCAGCACCACACUUCUGUUUUCCCAGAAGCCUUUGCUCUUGUACAACGGUGAACUGACUUGUCAGACAGCAAGUGGCAAGACUAGCGAAGUGGCUCUGAGCACACACGCCUUCCUGAAGCAUUCAACCAGCACAUCGACAGAUUCACCGGCAGGGAUCAGCACACAGCUGAGCCAGGCUCUCAUGCUCAAGAGGUUUCAUGAAGCCUGGGACUUGUGUAAAUCUGCAGGCAGCGAUGCAGACUGGGCAGAGUUAGGUAAAGCCUGCCUCAUCCAUAUGGAUGUUGAUCUGGCCAUCCAGGUCAACCGCAUUAGUGGCAACGUGGGUAUGGUGCUGUCACUGCAGGGUAUCCAGGGCGCAGAAGAAAGGAAUUUACUGGCAGGACAUUUGGCCAUGUUUCUUUGUGACUACAACCUUGCAGAGACUCUGUAUCUGUCCUCAAGCUGCCCAGUUGCUGCCCUGGAGAUGAGGAGAGACCUGUUGCACUGGGACAAUGCUCUCAUGUUAGCAGAGCGGCUCGCGGAAGACCAGAUUCCUUUUAUAUCCAAAGAAUAUGCUAUCCACUUGGAAUUCAUUGGAGACUACGUGAAUGCAUUGACACACUAUGAAAAAGGCAUGACCCAUAAUAAUAAAUUCCAGGAGCAUGAUGAGUCAUGUCAAGCAGGUGUAGCCAGGAUGUCCAUUAGGAUGGGUGACAUCAGGAGAGGAGUUGCACAGGCUAUUCAACACCCAAGCAAAAUCCUCAAGAAGGAAUGUGGCGCCAUACUGGAGAGCAUGAAGCAAUUUUCUGAAGCUGCUCAGCUCUAUGAGAAAGGCCAGUACUAUGACAAGGCUGCUUCUGUCUAUAUACGUUGCAAGAACUGGACAAAGGUAGGAGAGCUGCUCCCACAUGUUUCCUCUCAAAAAAUCCACCUGCAGUAUGCCAAGGCCAAAGAGGCAGAUGGCAAGUAUAAGGAUGCAGCACAGGCCUAUGAGAGCGCAAAAGACUGGGACAACAUGAUUCGAGUGCUGCUGGAUCACCUGAACAACCCAGAAGAGGCUGUUCGCAUCGUCAGGGAGACGCAGAGCAUCGACGGAGCAAAAAUGGUUGCCAGGUUCUUCCUGCAGUUAAACGACUACGCCACAGCCAUCAGCUUCCUGGUUCUGUCUCAGUGCAACGACGAAGCUUUCCAGCUGGCACAGCAGCACGGACAAAUGGAGGUUUACGCAGAUAUCAUCGGCUCCGAGGCGACACAGGAGGAUUAUCAGAGCAUUGCUCUCUACUUUGAAGGAGAGAAGAAACACCUGCAGGCCGGCAAGUUCUUCCAGAAGUGUGGGCAGUACAGCAGGGCCCUGAAACAUUUCCUCAAGUGUCCCAACACUGAUGACAACCUGGCAGUGGAGAUGGCUAUUGAGACGGUGGGACAGGCCAAAGACGGCUCUUUGACCAAUCAGCUGAUAGAUUACCUGAUGGGGGAGAGUGACGGUAUGCCCAAGGACGCCAAGUACCUGUUCCGUCUCUAUAUGGCGCUGCAGCAGUACAGGGAGGCGGCUCGUACCGCCAUCAUCAUCGCCAGAGAAGAGCAGUGUGCAGGAAACUACCGAAAUGCCCAUGAUGUGCUGUUCAGCAUGUACACAGAGCUGCAGGCCCAGAAGAUAAAGAUCCCGGCUGAAAUGGCCACCAAUCUGAUGAUCCUCCACUCCUACCUAUUGGUGAAGAUCCAUGUAAAGAGAGGAGAUCACCUGAAAGGGGCGCGCAUGCUCAUUCGUGUCAGCAACAAUAUCAGCAAGUUUCCAGCACAUGUUGUUCCCAUUCUGACAUCAGCAGUCAUUGAAUGUCACCGUGCCGGAUUAAAGAACUCAGCCUUUAGCUUUGCUGCAAUGCUGAUGAGACCAGAGUACCGAAACAAGAUCGACCCAAAGUACAGGAAGAAGAUUGAGGCUAUGGUUCGACGUCCAGAUACAUCAGAGCUGGAGGAGGAAACGACUCCAUGUCCCUUCUGUGGAUUUCAGCUACCACAAAAUGAGCUGCUGUGUAGUUCCUGCAAGAACAACCUGCCCUACUGCGUUGCCACGGGUCGUCACAUGCUGAAAGAAGACUGGUCUGUGUGUCCUCACUGUGAAUUUCCUGCUCUCUACUCACAAUUAAUCCUGUUGUUGGAGACGGAGGCAGUGUGUCCAAUGUGUUCUGAGAGUCUGAGUGUCAGUCAGGUGAAGAAGAUCUCUGAUUGCUCUCAAUACCUACAGACUGAUCAACAGGAUCAAUGAAGACAAAACAAUGUUUUAUCUGUACAUUUUCAGGUGUCUUUGUAAAGUGAUGAAAUAUAUCUUCUGACUUUCCCCUCUCAUAGGAUAAUGUGUUAAUAAAUCUAUAAAUUAUAAAAAAAAGGUUAAAAUCCUCUAAUAUGCUCUGCACUGAAACGCAUUCACACACAUGCAUAUGCAUUUGAUAUGCAUAUUUCAUAUAAGUGUGGACUGCGGAGUGUCAAACUGCAGUUAUGAGCUAAAGGAAGCGCAAGUUAGCUUAGUUUUUUUAUUCUGCCACAAUAAAUGUGUUGCAUGAUUAA